UUGCCCAAGUAAUGUCGAUCGCCAACGGAUCACGCACACCACACUCACGCAGGACCACGACGAGCCCCCGCCGUGCUUCUUGCAAAACUAAUGCUGUUCGUUCCAGCAAUAGUAUUACUUGUAGAAAGGUAAUAAAAAAUUUGUGACUAGCCUAAUACUGUACCUUGUAGGUUGCGCCUGCUGCCCAGCACGUUGGUUCAGGAUGAUACGGCUUCCUUCUCUCUUUACAUUUAAUUUGCGUCACAUCAUCAAGUAGAUGUAAUACUGUAAGAAGUUGGCCAACUACAAGUGGUCUCACAACACAAGCGACUGCUCCGUGCAGUCCGUAUGAUCAGGUCAACAUGUUGCUUUGUUCAGAAGUUAAGUAAGUUGACAAAACUUGGUAGUACAAAUAUUGCUCGGAUAGAAAAACUCAACUCGCAAAUGACAUCAACUUAGAUAGGAUUGCUCUUCUUUUUUCCUCGUAAAAUAAACCUACAAAAAAAAGUUAUUCGGGAAAAAAACCCGGGUACCAUACCGGCCUGCAUGCAUGAUUAAAAUGUGGCGACAGAUAAACAAACCUUGGACAGUACCACAAGUAAGAAAGAGCAUAGCGGCAGCAAAGGCAAGAGAAAGCAGCUGCAUAUUGUUAACUAACUCCACAGAGUUGUGAGAAGGCGGCCAAGGCAAUCAAGCGUCCAAUUAAGAUGGUGCACUGAAUAGGUAGGAGACAGGCUUAAUUUAUAGCGAGAGAGAGAGACACACAGGGAGCUUCUGGACGAACACGGAGAGAGAGAAGACGGAGGAAGUCAGAGGAGGAUUGGCGGCUGACUUGGCUCUGAAUCUCUUCCUCUUCCAGAGACCAGAGUCCUCUUGGAAUUUCAGGGUUGGAUUGGAGCAAGUUUUCCAUCUCGAUUAUCAUUCUCAAGGGCACAAUGAGCACACAGAGUGUACUUCCUGUGAAAGAUAUCAUUGCUCCUGACAGCAUGGCUCACACCUGCAAUGUUCCACAACCUUCAGCCCAUCAAAUGUUCAAUGCUAAAUCUGAAAUUUACAGUUCGGCAGAUGGUAUUUCCCGCGUCUCAUAUGCUGACCUAUCAGACCCGAAUUCAUCGAGCUCUUCCACAUUCUGUGCAAGCAUGUACUCGGCGUCACCGACGAACUCCAAAUUAUGCUGGCAAAUCAGCGGUUUGCCUUUCCUGCCUCAUCCUCCUAAAUGUGAGCAGCAGCAGUUUUCAGCUGCGCAGUCAUCGAUCUCUGCUCUGUUGUUUGCUGCUGAUCACAGCGAUGGUAGUCAAGGUCAUGAUGAACAUUCACAUGAUCUCAAGGACUUCCUUAACCUCUCCGGCAAUGCUUCUGACAGUAGCUUCCGUGGAGGAGGCAGUUCCAUGGAUUUCAGUGAGCAGCUGGAGUUUCAGUUAUUGUCUGAACAACUUGGGAUUGCCAUCACCGACAACGAGGAGAGCCCUCGGUUAGAUGACAUAUAUGGCAUAGCGCCGCAAUGCUCACCUAGUCUACUAUCCCCUUCCUCUGACCAUGAGGAUCUGCGCAGUGGGGGUUCUCCGGUUAAAGUCCAGUUGAGUUCAUCACCUUCUUCAUCUGGAGCAACAACAUGUAGCAAAACGAGAAUGAGAUGGACACUUGAGCUCCAUGAGCGUUUUGUGGAGGCUCUGAAAAAGCUCGGAGGACUGGAAAGUAGGGUGAUCACUCUGUUAAAUUUUUGGGCUAAUUUUUUCUUGAAAAUAGAACCAACGUUUAGAUGUUUUGUUCCAUGUACAUAUCUUGCAGAGGCAACUCCCAAGGGUGUGCUGAAGCUUAUGAAGGUAGAAGGCUUGACGAUCUUUCACGUAAAGAGCCAUUUGCAGAACUAUCGACAUGUGAAGUAUAUUCCGGAGAAAAAAGAAGUGAAGAGACCAUGUUCAGAAGAUAACAAGGCAAAAUCAACAUCUGGAAUUGAUUCUGGCAAAAAGAAGAGUUUUCAAAUGGCUGAAGCUCUACGGAUGCAAAUGGAGGUUCAGAAACAGCUCCAUGAGCAACUAGAGGUGCAAAGGAAAUUACAACUGCGCAUAGAGGAGCAUGCAAGAUAUUUGCAGCGGAUACUAGAACAACAGAAGGCCAGAAAAUCUCUGGUACCGAAACCAGAGGAGAAAACAGAGGCCAGCACCACUUCAGCUCCGUCGCUGAAGUGUAAAAUUUCCGACACCGAAAUAGAACAGAACUUGCAAAUGGAUAGCAGAAGGCCAGAGCUACAACUUGAUCUUGAAAGUGAACCGUAAUGAACGAUCAUGGUGCAUGCUUUAAUCUUCUUGCCAUGUAGAGUUCUAGUGCUUGCAAUUGCAUAUAUCCUGUUUUCCUUGAAUAUACCUUAUGACAAGGUUCUAGCUAAGCCAGUGUAUAUAAGUAGUUCUGCUGCUUGUUUCCAGGAAUAAACAAGAUAUUCUCAUCUGUAAUUAAACUAGCAUUGCAGUUCAAACAUAGAUGUCACAAAGCUCCCUGUUCAUGCUCAUGAACGUCUUAAGCAUGCAAGAUAAACUGAAUUAAAUCGAAGUUUGAGGUUGCGAUGUGAACCCUACAUAUGGGAGUACUGCGGCGAGAUGAUGCGCGUGGCACUGGACGUUACGGACGUCCUGGCGGCAUGCCUGGACGUUACGGACGUCCUGAGCACCCUAAACACCUGCUUGGAUUGCGAAGGGCCGUGGCCAAGGUAGCCAGGAGGGAAAGAGGAAUCAGGUGGUCUCUCAGAAGUAUACCAUCUAAGCCUCUAAGGAGUUGAUGCAAUUUCGAUGGGU